CCUGUAAUCAAAAUCAUUCCCAGCCCUGAAACAUUGCACCAUACCAUCCCCAUUCCCAGCUUCUACUUUAAUUAUAUAUAUAUAUAUAUAGAUAUAUACAUAUCUUUGGGUAACGAUGACUGGAGUUUUCGAACAUAAAAAGAGAAAACAGCCGGAAUCGAACAACAGCAUCCCCGGGAAUCCAUUUGAAAUAGUGAAUGUUUCUCCGUCUACCCCCGUAAACACAGAUUCCACAGAGUUGAGAAUCAGUGAUGAUCCGAAGAAACUACUAGCCCUGCUCGCAGCUUUCGUUGGAUUGUUCACAAAUCACAGCAAGGAUGAUGUCUCGGCUGGCCAGGACCAGGACCAGGACCCUCCCAACAAAAUACUUGCUAACGUGGCCCUUUUGUUGGGUUUAUCUGCUGCUGCUGCAGCAAAUGGUGAUGCCACUCCCCCUGUCAAUGGUUCCAUUGAACAUCGUGGAGCACUGCGAAAAGACUGCGAAAAGACGAAGAGGAGGAGGAAGAAGAAGAAGAUGGGUAUCGGCAAAGGUCGAAAAAACAGAGAAUCAUACUCGACUUGGAUGCUGAGUCUAUUCCAGACUCUUCACAAUGCACACCUCCUCCGACCAAGUCUGAAGGUUCCACCGGUUAUUCACCAGAUUCUAUCGUUUCUGCCGCAUCUGUGGCCAACAGAUCUAGGAUAACUAGAUCUUCAGAUGGAAAGUUUCGUCGCCAACUUCCCAUGGGCAAUCCAAAUAUUUGUGAAAACAACCUUGCCAUUGUCCAUCGACCUGUCGAGCAUCCUGCUGUCAAAGAAGCAUUUGAUUCAGUUAGGGAGACUCUACAACCGAUUCUUUUGCAGAAGGUGACAAGAAUUAGAAAAGACGAACUGACCGUUGAGUUUGGACUUGAAACAACUGCUUCAAUUGAUCUGUUGAACCUUGUCAAUGCUUCAAUACAUGGUCUGGAAGAAAUCGGCGAAAGGGCUCGCUUAGGAGUAACGUUGUUGGAGGAAGGACAGAAAAAGGUGAAUGAAGGGAAGCAUAUUUUGUUCUCUGCAAUUAGUGAAAUUCCAAAGCGGAUCAAGUGAAAUUGAGACCUUCAAUUGGAAAUUGGUUUGGCUUUUGGGGGUGUGCUUGCGGUUGGUGCCUUGCCAACUGAGUUUUAUCCAUGUUUGUUUUUUUUUUUCUUGUCUUUGGGGCCCUGUUGGCCAACAGUGCUUUUUGUAGCAUCUCUUCAUAUUCAAUAAAGGGUAUUUCCAUUAUUGGUAAUUUAAUUUGUAAUUUUUAUCAAUUUAAAUCACACUUUCAAUUGUCUUUCAAUAUAA